CUGAACGCAGCCAUUUGUGAUGGCAUCUGCGUUAACCUCUGCGCUGCUGGCAGGACGAGCUAACACACACACACACAUGCAGAUGAGAUGUGUUGGUGUGUGUGUGUGUGUGUGUGAAAGAGGAGAGGGAGACCUACAGUCUCUGUCAUGCUUAAUAACAUAACCCUCCCUGUAUUCAGUUACUUUGCUCUCAGUGGCAUAUGAAUUAAAGGCAUGCAGACAGUAAAGUGUCCCAGGUCCACUUGGGGACUCUGAGAUGGUCCCAGUUGGUCUGCAAACUAAAUAAUAAAUACUCAAAUGUCACUGUAGUAGAUCUAUGUGUCAUACGGUGUCUUUUUAUUGGUUGAAACCACCUAAAAUCAAGACCGUAGGUCAGUGCACAUCUGUUUGUGUGCGCCCUGACAUGCAGAGGUCUUGGGAGUCUGUCAAUAAGUGAACUAUUUAUGGAUUGAACGCACACCCUCUGGGUCCUUGAUCUGGUUCCUUUGAAGCCCACCUCCCCAGAUGUCGUCCUUUAUGGCGGCACAGAGCAGAGAUACUCACUCUUUUACAUCAGGGAACCAGCAGCUUUACGUUUGAGAGGGGCUUAGGUCCGGACCAGGACAGGAUAGGACCAGGACAGGUCAGGACCAGGACAACAGCUAAUGCUGCCACGCUGUUGUGCAAAAUGACCUUAAAAACCACUCUGAGACGCUCCGAAGUUACAUGUUCACUAAUUCACACUAGAGCUGGAACAAUUAGUGGAGUAAUUGAUAAGUUGGUCAACUGAAAAAUAACAGUUUUGAUAAUUCAUUAAUCAUUAAUAUAAGACUAUUAAUAUAUUACUUACUGUGUUAUGCAUUGGUGUAUCUGCUGGUUGAACAAAACAAAUAUUUUGAGGAUGUCACCUUGGACCUUGGUCAUUUUUCACUAUUUUAUUGACCAAUUGAUAGAUUGAGUAAACGACCGGUUAGUGAUAUGGAUAACAUUAUCAGAGCAUAUAUAAUUUUAGGUAGCAGUGUUUAUAUUAAAUAUAAUGGUAUAACAAACCUUUUGAAAACUAAAUCGAGAGACAAAAAUAACCAGAUGUGGCUCAUCUGGUGAAUUAGAAGAAUUUGUAUCAAAUUGAUGCAAUAAUCCUGUGAAUCAAACAUUGAAGUAUAUUGCCCACUGACUUUUAAUAUUGCCCACAAUGGUGCAAUGCAACCAGGGAUAUUAAAGAGACAGCGACCUCAUACGAACUGUAUAGUUUGAGUCCGUAUGCCCGUUAUGCAUAUUGUCAUAUGUCCCAUACCCUUCAUUUGUGAAUGAUGUCCUUUCAUGAAUUUGAACUCUUCAAAAACCUUUUGAGAGUUACUUCGAGACGCUCAGGAGUUGCUUGUUAAUUAAUAAUUAACUUCUCGGACUCCUAACAUGUUUCUGGACCAAAGCUCAGAAGGGUCAUAGCGUCCAUGUUGAACGAGUACUGCUGGUGUUAUCACGCUGAUCUCUGGCCUCAUUCCAGUCCCAGUACUGAUCACAUCACAGAAAAACCUCCAUUGUGUAUCAAAUACUAUUCUUUUUAAAUUCCAAAGGUAUACAGGAUUCUCGUCUUCCCACCUUUUUUAUUCCCUAUCCCCUGGUGGCCUGGCUCUUAGUUGCUAUUAUGAAUGAACACUUGAUGAAUGGUGUUGCUUUGCCCCUUUGGACUCGCACAUUAUCCUCAGAGUCUAGUUACAGUUCACGAGCAUCGUAAAUAAUCCUUAGUCAUGGUUGCACUGCAAAUAAUCUGCGAGCGGCAAGCGCUCAGCACAGAUUGCGGGAGCUCUCGUUUGAGGACGGUGAGGACGGUCUGAUGGCUCAGGGUCAGCGUUCUGGCCGGAGGAAACGAAGGGAUUAUUAAAAUCCAGUAUCUGUGACUGUCGCAGGACAGUCGUAAGCCUGUCCAAUCAUUUCAGUCUGAAUGAUUGGACGGGCUGCCUGUCUGCUCGUAUUCUGCCCAUGCAUUCAUUGCUCGUCACUGGAGUCUUCCACAAGCUGCUGGCUUGACAGCUGUCACCCCGGGCCUCCGUCCUCCAUGCCUGCUCCCCCAGGCUUCACUCCGCUGGAGCACAAUGACCCUAUGAACAGUCUGCGCAUCUCCGUCGGAGGCCUCCCCAUGUUGGCGUCCAUGGCCAACACCACUGACCCUCGUUUUCGCCUCAAAUUGAAGCCCAUCGUGGUGGUGGUCUUCUUCCUGUCGCUGUUUCUGCUGCUCUUCAUGCACCUGACCUCGGGCUUGCGCUCCCGCUCCCACGACUCGCACGGUUGGAGGGCCAGUCGCGGCGACACCCAGCAGUCCGAUUUCCGCUACAACGACACCUACCCUCUCAGCGUGCCCGAGCGCACGCCGCAGGGCAACCGCUACCGCAUCGGAGUCAUCGCCGACCUGGACACCAGGUCUCGUAGUGACAAGGAGCUGACAUGGUUCAGCUACAUGCGGCGGGGCCACCUGUUGGUGUCCCAGAGUGGGGACACGGUGGCAGUGGAGUGGGACGCCGACAGGGUGGUGCUGGAAAGCCACCUGUCGGAGAAGGGAAGGGGCAUGGAGCUGUCUGAGCUGGUGGUGUUCAAUGGGAAGCUCUACAGCGUCGACGACAGGACGGGCGUGGUCUACCACAUCGAUGGGGACAAGAUCGUGCCCUGGGUCAUCUUACCCGACGGCGACGGCAGCGUCGCCAAAGGGUUCAAAGCCGAGUGGCUGGCAGUGAAGGACAAGCACCUGUACGUCGGCGGUCUGGGGAAGGAGUGGACCACCAUCGCGGGCGAGUUCGUCAAUAACAACCCAGAGUGGGUGAAAGUAGUGGGUUUCAGAGGGGACGUACUACAUGAGAACUGGGUUCCCACGUACGACUCUCUCAAGGCUGCUGCAGGGAUAGAGCCUCCAGGGUAUCUCAUCCACGAGUCGGCGGCGUGGAGCGACGCCCUGCAGCGCUGGUUUUUCCUCCCUCGCCGCGCCAGCAAGGAGCGCUACGAGGAGAAGGCGGACGAGAGCCGCGGCGCGAACCUCGCCCUCAGCUGCUCGUCGGAUUUCAGGGACAUCGUUGUGAGUCGAGUGGGUCCGCUUAACCCCACACACGGAUUCUCCUCCUUCAAGUUUGUCCCGAAUACAGGCGACCAGAUCAUUCUGGCUCUCAAAUCCGAGGAAGACGGCGAAAAGAUUGCGACGUACAUCAUGGCCUUCACGCUAGACGGACGCAUCCUGUUGCCCGAAACCAAGAUCGGGGAUGUGAAAUACGAGGGCCUGGAGUUCAUAUAAACUGAGGGACUCGCUCUCGAGGCCACUGCACUGUUCUAUUUUGUUUACAAUCCAGUCACUGUUGAAGUUACUGCACUCGCUGCUUCCUCGUUGAGACACAAAUCCAACCUUUUUUUUAAAGGAUCGUCUUCAGUACAAGUAGAAGAACAACAGGCUGAGACUGUAAAGUAGGGUUCCUGUUGCCAGUGAACACAAACAAUGCCAGCAGGUCCGCCGAUCGUCUCCUUCCCGGGACAAAUGUGGCCCUCGAACAGUACUGUAGCCUUUCUUAUGAUGAAUGUACAAACGUUUGAUUUAUCAGACUGUAAUUUCUUUUCCUAAAGCAUACAUGUUCAUGCACAUAGUGUACACUCUCAACCGGUUUCUUCUGCUCCAUGUUAAACAUCAUUCUGUACACACCAAACAUGCUAUUUUCAUUGAAAUAACAAAAAAAAGGUUUUUAUUCUUCAUCGACAUUAUUUGAAGGACUUUUUGGGGGAACAUGAAUUGUAUGAUUGUUUUGGGGUGGGAUGACUGAGUAAAAUAACUUGAUUCC